AAAGACUCUGCAUAGCGGAAAAUGACGCGUUUCCGAUUGACAGACGCUAAAUUGUGUUGCUGUGGAGAUGGAAAAAGAAACAGGUGAAACAGGAGGAAGCAAGCUGUGCAGACUAAUGCCGUACCGUUCGUAACUCAGUAAAUUGGGUUAUUGGUUUACUUUAACACAGCUCCUGUUCUGUCUUCAAAAUAAUACAUUUUCCAAAAACUAAGAAAAAGCUGCAGCUAUGAUGUCCACAAGAACAAGGGCUGGAGCUCACUGAGGCCUUUGAGGGGCGAUUUCUUUCUUUCCCAGCUGCAUUUGUUGACACAGUUAAUCCUAAAAACAGUUUGUUUUUUUCUCCAUCCACCACCCUCUUCUUUCGCCCCCUCCCUGGCCAUAAAGCAUCUACAGCUGGGGUAUGAGUGUUCAGGUGCCUAAACAAGGUUCUGACAAAAAUGCAAGGAAACAGUCUGUGCCAGCCAACCAAAAUAAGCAAGGACCUGGUAAGAAGGCAGUACCUCUGAAGACGACUGAAGAUAAGACGGGACAAAGUGGUAGUCGUCGUAGCAGACAUGUACCUGAACAAAUAAAGCCAUCAGAAGCAUCCUUGGCCAAGAAACUCGGCCAGCUGGCAGUUAGUGAACAGCGUCCCAUGGACUCAAGGAGAGGAAGCACACCAACGGGCAGAACUGUUUCCCAAGCUAAAACCACACCAAGUUCCAACCCCCCCAGAGGACACAGUCCUCUAACAAGCCUGAGGGACAUUGCUGGCCUGAUACAGCAGAAAUGCUGCAAAAAUAUUAUAGUUGUGGCUGGGGCUGGAAUUAGCACUGCCAGUGGCAUCCCAGACUUCAGAACCCCAGGGACUGGGCUGUAUGCUAACUUGCAGAAGUAUAACAUCCCCUAUCCAGAGGCCAUUUUUGACAUCGACUACUUCACCUGUAACCCCAAGGCUUUCUUCUCUCUUGCCAUGGAGCUCUAUCCUGGGAACUACCAGCCCAACUACAUUCACCACUUUGUGAGGAUGUUGCAUGAAAAGGGGCUGCUGCUGAGAAUGUACACCCAGAAUAUUGAUGGUUUGGAAAGAAUGGCUGGAAUCCCAGCAGAGAAACUGGUAGAGGCUCACGGCACAUUCUCAACCGCAUCCUGCCACUUGUGUUACACCUCAUUUCCACCAAAGGAAGCAGAGACUAUUAUAAUGAGUGGUAAGAUCCCAAGAUGUAAAAUCUGUCAAGGAAUAGUAAAACCGGAUAUUGUGUUUUUUGGAGAGGACCUUCCAAAAAGUUUCUUUUUGCACUCCAAAGAUUUUCCAAAGGCUGAUUUGCUCAUUGUAAUGGGAACGUCUCUGCAGAUUGAACCUUUUGCCAGCAUUGUGAAUUCGGUGCGGCCCAUUGCAGCUCGUCUGCUGCUAAACCGAGAUCUUGUUGGUCCCUUCAAAAGAAUUCCUUUAAAGAGCACUGAUGUGGUUAAACUCGGGGAUCUGGUGGACAGUGUGAAGAAGUUUGCCCACAUUCUGGGAUGGCAGGAAGAAAUCAAUGAACUGAUCAAGCAGCAUGACAAUCCGGUGGAAACUGUGACAGAGGUUUCUCCAACUGUAGUAAAAGGUGAAGUGAAACAGAGGGGCCCGAGAGGUGGAAAUGUGAAGAUCCUUAACUCCCCAGGAAGAAGGAGGUCAACUAAGGCUCCUCAGAAAACCAAUGCUGCGGACACUGAUAGCAGUAGUGGGGAUAGCAAUGUAUCUGAAUCAGAAACUGACAGUACGGCUUCUUCAGAGCACAGUAACUAAUCUAGUAUGGGAAUCCUUUUUAAAGGUUUCCAUAAACUGUAUGUAGGCUGUUUAAGUUUCAGAAAUUAAAUACCAACUGGCUUGGGCUGCUUAUGUUAAAAAAUGUGAGCUUGUGCUUGUUGGAACCUUUUUAUUUUAAAAUACUUUAUAUUCAUGCUACCUCUGUUGUCAACCCUUGUUGCCCUGCAGUUGUGUACUUUUUUUAGGUGUAAUGUUUGUCUUAUUAAUAAAUAUAUUUUUUUAAA